GAAUGAUCGAAAUCAUCUCCAGUUCGCUGCUUUCACCUUACGAUCUCCUUUCAGAGACAGCCAGCCACGAUGUCUACUCUUGAUUCGAUUACCAAUGUCUGUCAUGAGAUUUUGCCGAGCGUGGCGAGCUACACAGUUGGUUUCGCACAUUUCCGUCCGGAAUCUGAAGGGGGGUUCUCGGAGAAGGAGCGCGUUGUUCUCGAGUUGCUUGAACGACUUGAUUCGCUUCGUGAAGAGGCGCGAGCAUUGGUUUCCGCUGAUUCACAAACACAAGAUACCGAGACCGCUGAAUCCGAAGCAGCAACGAGUCUCUUCCCUCACCUCGUCGCAACCCAAACCACAAUCGCAAACCCGAUCCUACGUGCAAUCCACUCUCCAUCGAACCCCGCCCUCCGCACCGCCUCCACCUCCUCCACCAAAGCACAAGCAACACCACAAGACACCGCCCUUCUCUCCCUCCUCCAACACCGCGACCGCGUGGGUUCGACCUUGCUGCACACAAUCAACACACAAAGGGAUCUUACCAACGAGCUCUCCGCCCUCGAACUCCGCUCCCUCGCCCAACUAUCCCAAAACCGCACACUCGUCGCACGAAUCCACGACCUCACCUCUCAACAAAACCACAACGAAGAUGACGCAGAAGGAGAUAGGGAGUUGAGGAGUGCGAGUGAGAGGGUUGGGGUUGUGAGGAGUGCGCUUAGGGGGUUGGUGCUUGAGAGUGGGGUGGAUUGGGUUGGGGAGGAGGGGUUGAGGGGGGUUAUGUUGGGGAUUGAGGAGGAUGAGUGAAGGAACAUAAUUGCUGCCAUAUACCUUGAAUACCUGAUAAAUGAGAUGAUCUCCCCAC